AUGCAGAUUCUCGUGGCAACACUUGCUCUUGUGGCAGCGGCGCAAGCCACGACCAUCAACGCCAUCAACGGCAGGAACUUCCUGUCGCCAUUCAACGGGCAGUCGGUGACCAAUGUCACUGGAAUUGUGACAGCCAAGACCUCCACCGGGCUAUAUCUCCGUGCUCCAAGGCGGACUUGCGACAAGCGCAUAGGCACUGGACUCUAUGUCUUCAGCUCCACGCUUGGCAAGAAUGCCUCGAUCUCGGUGGGUGACACCCUCGUCUUGGACGGUAAAGUCACCGAAUACCGUUCAAAUACGGCCUACCUCUACUCGACCGAGCUGGAGUCACCCGUGGUGCAGGGAUGGGUCAAGGGCACCACCACCCCCAAGCCGCGGGUCAUUGGUAGGGAUACGCGCAACCCUCCCACAGAGCAAUACUCGGUCCUCGACAACGGCGACAUCUUUGGCGUUCCAAACAACGUCAGCCAGGUGUCUGUAGCCAACCCGGAGCUGCAGCCCGACAAGUACGGCCUGGACUUCUGGAAGAUGUUGAACGGAGAGCUGGUUACCAUCCAAAGCCCCAUCGCUGUCUCCAAGCCCAACACGUAUGGCGAGACGUGGAUGAUCGGUAACUGGCCAACCACCGGCCAAAACGAACGCGGAGGCCUGACUCUUGGUGACAAGGAUGCCAACCCCGAGGCGAUCAUAAUUGGUUCCCCUCUCGAUGGCUCUAAGGGGAUAACCACCUCCCGCAUUGGAGACAAGUUCGAAGAUAUCACUGGUGUCGUUCACUAUCAGUUCGGCUUCUACUAUAUCUUGCCUUUGACCGCAAUCAAGACUGUAUCCUCUCUCUCUCCCGCCCUACCUCCCCCGACAUCUCUCAUCAGCACUGGCGAAUGUUCCGGCUUGACUGUGGGUGACUACAACAUUGAGAACUUUGCUCCUUCGGACACGGCCCAUGUCAAUGAUGUCGCUGCCCACAUUGUCAACUACAUGAAGUCCCCUGACGUCCUGUUCAUCCAGGAAGUCCAGGACAACAACGGCGCCACCAACAACGGCGAAGUAGACUCCUCCUUGACCUUGAGCACCCUCACUGCGGCUAUCACCAAGCUUGGCGGCGUCAACUACUCCUACACCUGGAUCAACCCGGUCAACAAUGCUGACGGUGGCCAGCCCGGAGGCAACAUUCGUCAGGCGUACCUUUACAACCCCAAUAUUGUUCGUCUGCACAACGAGAACGCUGGCAGUGCUACCGAUGCGAACGCAGUCGUGAAGGGCGCCAACGGUAGCCCGACGCUCAAGUAUAACCCAGGUCGCAUCGACCCAGCCAAUGCUGCAUGGGUAUCGAGCCGCAAGCCCCUCGUCGCUGAGUGGCAGACCGUCGUUGGGAACCACGUUUUCUUCACCGUCAACGUGCACUGGGAGUCCAAGGGCGGUAGCUCUAGUCUCCAGGGCGAUCUCCGCCCUCCUGUCAACUCGCCCGUCGAGAAGCGCACCCAGCAGGCUAACCUUACGGGUAGCUUCAUCGCUGAUAUCUUGGCCAUCGACAGCGAUGCCCGUGUCAUCAUGGCUGGUGACUUGAAUGAGUACUCGGUGGUCCAGCCCGUCAAGACCUUCACUUCCGUGUCGUCCAUGGUCGAUCUUGAUGUGGCCGCCGGUAUCCCCGUCAAUGAGCGAUACACCUACACUUUCGGCGCGGAUAUGGAGGAGCUCGACCACCUCUUCGUCAGCCCCGCCAUUGCCAACCUCCAGCCCCUCGAGGAGCAUAUCCACGUCAACACAUGGGUGUCGUACGCCGACCAGGUGUCUGACCACGAUCCGACGGUGGCCAAGAUCAACGUCUGCGGUAAGAAUGUUGCGUCGUCCGACGUCACCUCGUCAGCUUCGUCUACUCCCGCUGCCACUCCUAGUAGCACACCCACGCCCAUGUCGUCGGGCAUCAGCACUCCAGCCACCACAGCGGCAUCAGGAACAAAGACCACAACCCCGGCAUCCUCCUCCGUCUCAGCCACAGCUACUCCCAUCGCCUCGGGCAAGGCCCUCUCCGGACGGGGCAACGUCCUGGCAUCCACGCCUGGUGAAGCGAACGGUGGGCGACUCCUCACCUCCGGCAACUGGUACCGCGCCGGCGGCACCGCAGCCAUCUUCACAGCAACCCCCAACGUCGACGGCGUCACCUUCACCCUCCAGUCGUCCAAGGGCAAGUGCGCCAUCAUCGCCGACAUGUCCAUCUUCUGCGACUCCAGCGUGACCCUCGGCAGCAGCUUCGGCUGGGACGGCGCGUACGUGACGUACCUGGGGGCCAAUACCUUCUACGCCACGGAGCUGCCUACUGGCAGCGGGAAUACCAAGGUGUACAUGGUGCAGAAGGCUCUGACGCUGCAGCUUACUUGGUCUGCGGUCUAG